AUUCUUUCUGUGAAAGUGUUUUAAACGACUGUGACCAACAAUGAAUUGUUGUUAAGGAAGAUCAGGAUGUUGGCAACCACAAGUGGAAAAAUGUUAUCUUUUAAUUUCAAAUGUGCACGGGAAUUGCCCUAAAAAUCUCUCAAGUGGAACCAGGAAAUAAAUUGUUUUGUCUCCUUCAAAAGAAAGCAAUGUAAUUCCUUCUUCAUUUGAUAAGACGUCUGCUUGAUCGUCGGUUUGAAGCGUUAAGAUUGGUCACUUUGCCAAAUUUCCUGCACAUAUAUUGUCGUUUAAACGGUGAAAGCCUUAUAUGCUCUGGAAACCAUGAGUUUACAUACGCUUGGUUUUUUGGUCAUUUUAUUACCUGUAAUAAAUGGAUCAAAUGUCACCAGUUUAAUAACGAGUUCCAUGGCAAGAACAAAGAUCUUCCAAAUUGCAGCCACCAAAGCGGCAGUGAAUCCAACAAAUACAAUUUUAUCUACAACUACAAGUCGAACGGCCGCCGAAGUCUCGCCAAGAGUCGGCAGAAAUUCCACGUUUGCUUUGAUAAAUUUUCCUUCUUCCACACCAAGUACAGCUUUGACAGUGACGAUUCUACAAUCAGAUAAUUUUUUCACAACGUUGAGUCCAAGUCCAACUGCAGGUAAAUUGAAACAAGAUGAGUCAAAUCUGCCUUUGAUCGUUGGAGUUGCUGCGCCUGCUGUGGUUAUCGUAUUGGUGAUUAUAGUUUUCAUCUGGUUUGUCAACAAACGGAACAAAUUGCGUAAAUUGCGUUCACAAGUUACAGUCUGUUACGAAAAUGGGGGUCCUGAUAGAGAUUCGGCAUUGGACAAUAUAGAAGAAACAUUUGACGUUAGUAAUGAUAGAUGUUCGAUCACAAUUCAUGAAGAAGUUCAAGUAAAUUCCCGAAGAGGAUCCCAGAAAGACGUAUCGGAAUGUGAUUCCAGUGUGAGUGAUCCUGAAGACAGUAAUGACUUUAACUCGCCCACAUUGGAAUUCCGCUCCAGAAGUGGAUUUCAAAAGAAGACACAUGAAGAAAAUUCCAUAGUGAGUGAUAUUGAAGAAAGAGAACACAAUGACGUGUCCACAUCGGAAAACGAUGAUCAUAACUUUGAUUGCUCUGGAAAAGGAGUAAAAACAACUCACCAAGGUUUACCAAAAGGUUACGUGUUUUUCGAAAGGCAAUCUUCUCGUAUCUGUAAAACAGGUACAAAUAAAAGAUUAGAAAGGGUGGAAAAAUUAAUCACAACAGAUGGUGGUGUUGUUAAUUUGGAAGAUGUUGAGUUGAACGUUGGUACAGAAUGUCUAGCCAAGGAUACGAAGAUAGAGUUGAUCAAAGAUAACAUUCCAAUUCCUUUUCAACAUUUGCUUGACUUAAAGCUGGUUGAAAAGGUUUUCUGUGUUAUAAAAUGCCUUCCAAAUGGUUUGACGUUCUUAAAACCUGCAAAUUUGAGCGUCAGAAUCAAAACGACAAAACUAGUUGAAGAAGAAACCUUCGUACUUCACGGUUCAUAUAGCGUUGAUAUGACGAUGAUUGUUUGGAGACUAGUAACGAAUGAAGUUAACAUUGAUAUUCUUAAAGGAGAAAUUAGUAUGAAUAUUGAAGGAUUUUCAUUUUACAGUUACAUACGAGUGAAGUUGCCAGGUCUCGCUCGUCUUCUUAGUCAUUUAAAUCGUUCUUUCGACGCUCGUGCGUACGUCCUGUAUCGACGUUUGCCAGAGAUGAACACCUUUGAUAUUUCCGUCAUCUUCUUUAGCGAGUUUGUGGACAAGAAAAAAGAAAAAGACCAGUUGGCUUAUCAUUGCAAAGAAAAUUUUCAUAUUGGUGAAAGGGGAAUGUUAAAGGGCGUAAAGACACGCCGAACUUACAAGAUAUGUUUGGAUUUUCCUGAAAUAGAAAAAACAUUUGAAAUAUUUAAAAUGGUUGAGUCUCAACUGGAUAGCAGUGGUUUUGUUGUUGAUUGCUUCAAGGGCCUGGUAAUGAAUUUUCCCGCCAAGGGAUAUGUGAACAUUAGUGAAAUAAAUCCCAAUGAUGGUAGUGAGAAGUUAAUAUGGAAACUAAACGUUUGUGAAGUCGGCACAAUGGCCGGACCUGAACUUAUAGAAAAUCCAGUUGAACCGCAUCCACCAGUUGUUUUAAGAAAGAAUUUGACAAAUAAGGAAGUCACUCGAAUCAGUAGGAUAAUUGCUAUGGACUGGGACAGCCUUGGUGGUCUUUUAGAUAUCCCAUAUAAUGAACGAGACGAAAUUCGACGGAAUCACAGUGACUAUCCAGACAGUUUUAAAAGGCUGAGAAGAUAGUUGCUAUUUACAACGAGCAACAUAAUUUUAGUCGAAAUAUGCUGACGAAAUGUUUCGAAGAAAUGGGUUGUGAUGAUAUCCCACUUGAGGUAGAAGAGAAUGUUGAUCCAGAAAGCACUAACGAAAGCUCUAACGAAAGCUCUCUUGAUGAUGACGUAACAUUACGUCACACUCGAUUAAGCCCGCGUGAAACAUAUCGGCUUAGCAGACGCAUUGGAGUAGACUGGGAUAGUCUCGCCGGUCUUAUGGAUAUUGCUAACGAAGAAAGAAAUAACAUUCAACACAACCAUUUUUACAAAGAUGACUUCCAGAAGGCUGAGAAAGUAUUGUCAAUGAUCAACAAAAGAAAGAAAUUUUCGCGUAAACAUCUCGUGGAACGUUUGAAAGAGAUAGGAAAAAUUGAUUGUAUGGAACCGAUCUUGACUGGUACAUGGAGAUAUAUAUGACAGCAAGAUUCUUGCCUUGGUGUUGAACAUUUCAUUUCAAUUAGGUGCAUCUCGAAAAGAGUUUUAAGACCAUUCCUGUUUCCUAAUGUAUGAAAAACAUACAUAUAUUUUUAAAUGAGUUUUUGUAAAUAUGGAUAUUUAUGAUAAAUCUGCUUUAUUUGACAAGCAGUGAUUGAGUAACGAUAACGACUACAUCCAGGAAGAUUGUCCACAAAGAAUCUUAUAAAUUUACCAUUUCUUAUGACGACUGUGCAAUGUUAUUCUUUGUUCAUCGCACGUCAUUCACGCGCACUCUCGUUUUAUGGACUGGUCUUGGCAUGUUCGUUUAUGGCUUAUCCUCUGUUGUUUUUGACGUAUUUGUACUUUGAUAUGUCAUGAGAGUAGUGUUUCAAAAGAGAGAGACAGCAACACUAAUUAUGAUAUGUAAAUAUAUAGAACCAUGUUGGUGAGAUACGAAAUAAUUUCUUGCAACAUGAUUUGCAAAUGGUUUUGUCGUGAUGAUGAAUUCAGACAGAUAGUAAAACGCAAAUUUCUUCUCAAACUUGCAUUAAAUACAGUAUACUUGGGAUAAA